AUGAUGCGGGCUGCUACAGAGAGCCAGCGGAGCGAGACCAAGAGAGAGGAGGCCCACAGCAGAGAGCUGAGGAUUGUCCUGCUGGGAGGAAGAUGGGGUGGGAAGAGUUCAGCAGGAAACACCAUCAUGGGAAGGAUAUGGUUCAAGUCUGGGAGACAGAGGACUGUAAAGAGUGAGAACCAGCACAGCCAAGUUGCUGGGAGGUUGGUUACUGUGGUCGACACACCAGGGUGGAGAGGUUAUUUCUCUUUGAAGGAUACCACAGAGAAAGAUAAAGAGGAGAUUAAGAGCAGUGUGUGUUACUGCUUACCAGGACCCCACGCUUUCCUCCUCAUUGUUCCGCUGGACACCCUGUUCACCGAGGACCACAGGACAGCACUGGUGGAACAUCUGAAGCUCCUAGGUGACAGAGUAUGGAGAUACUCCAUGGUGCUGUUCACCUGUGGGGACUGGCUGAAGGACAGAACCAUCAAGCAGCACAUUGAGACAGAAGGGAAGGCCCUCCAGUGGCUUGUAGAUAAAUGCAUGAACAGGUAUCAUGUCUUCAACAACAGGAACCGGGAUGAUGACACUCAGGUCAGAGAGCUGCUGGAGAAGAUAGAGGAGAUGGUGGCAGGAAACAGUGGUGGUCAUUAUGAUGUUGAAAGAAGUGUUCGUCAGGCAAUGAGAGAAAAGAAGAAAGUAGUGGAAGAAAAGGCAAAGAAGAGGAUGAUAGAGGUGGAGAAACAAAGAGAGGAACUUAGGACACUCGUUCAAGAAGUGCAGGUCCAACUGAUAGAAGUCAGAGCAGUUCUGCUCGGCAGCCAAAACGCUGGAAAGAGUGCAACAGGAAACACCAUCUUAGGCAGCGAGGAGUUUGAUGUAAUAAGAGGGACCUCAAAAUCUGUAGUGAAACAUGGUCAAGUGAAUGGGACAGCGGUCUCUGUGGUUGACACACCAGGCUGGUGGAGGCAUUACUUCAUAAAAGAUUCUCCAGAGAUGAUCAAACAGGAAGUGCAGUGCAGUGUGUUUCUGUGUCCCCCUGGACCCCACGUUUUCCUCCUGGUCAUUGAUACAGAUGUGUUGUUCACUGAGAGGCAGAGGAGAGCUUUAGAGGAACACCUGGAGCUCCUUGGUGGGCACGUGUGGAGACACACCAUGGUUUUGUUCACUAAAGCUGAUUGUCUGGGAACCACGUCAAUUGAGCAGUACAUAGAGGGAGAAGGGCAGGCCCUCCAGGAGCUUGUGGAGAAAUGUGGGAACAGGUACCACACUCUCACUAAUAAGAACAGAGGAGAACAAUCCACCGAGGUCAAGGAGCUGCUGCAGAAGAUAGAGGAGAUGGUAGCAGGGAAUAGAGGAUGUCACUAUGAAGUGGAUGAGACAAUUUUACAGACCAUAGAGCAGAAGAGGAAGGAAGUAGAGGAAAAGGCCAAGCAAAGGUUGAAAAGGAUGAAGGAACAGAGAGAGAGACUCCAAACUGGCCUCAAGGGGUUAAACUACCAUCUCCCAGAGGUGAGGCUGGUACUGCUGGGGCAGGAGGGAGCUGGGAAAAAUGUGGCAGGAGGCACCCUUCUGGGUAGAGAGGUGUUCCCCACCUGUGAAACUACACAGUACACAGCAUAUACUGAGAGACACUGGAGAGCCCUGCAGGAUCACAUAUCAUGCCUCGGAGAGAAUGUCUGGAGACACACUAUAGUGCUGUUCUCAUACGGAGAAAGACUACGAGACACAAACAUUGAGGAGCACAUUGAGAGGGAAGGGUGGUUCCUCCAGCGGCUUGUAGAUAAAUGUGGGAACAGGUAUCACGUCUCCAACAGUAAGAUCAGGGGUGAUGGCACUCAGGUUAAACAGCUUCUGGAGACGGUAGAGGAGAUGGUGGCAGAAAACGAUGGGCAGCACUUCUCCCCGGACAGGAGUCAAGUGGAAAAAAUCCUGCAGGAGAAGUUCAAGGGUAGAGAAGCUGAAGAAAUGAGGCUACGUUUUGAGGAGGAAUGGAGGAGGAGAGAGGAUGAACUCAUGAAGCAAGUCAUAAAACCACUCAUGGAGAGGUUCAGAAAGUCCUUGAUGGAGCUGGAGGAAGAGAUAAAUUCUGGACCGCCUGUCGAUCCCAAGAGCAGGCAUGUAUUUACCUCACCCACCUGUGAGUAUCAGUAUGUAUAA